AGACAAAUACUGUGUAUACGAGCUCAAUGUUUCAAGACGAUACUGCUCCUCAUCAACAAUAUAAUCCAUAGGCUCGGGCCUGCCAUACUCAUAGACAACUGUUCCCUUUCCAUCUUCGUACAAAAAUUGAAUGCUCAUUAUGACAAGAGGUUCCGGUGUAAUUGUGGUAAAAGAAGAAAAUCUGAGGUGAAUAAUCCUGGUGCGUUUUAUAUAGUCCGAGAGGACGCUAAGGUUUGUGCAACGACACAUCCUGAAAAUACGACAUCUGAUUUGUCAGCUUGGCGGCAUUUAUUUUUAGAACUCGCGACAUUCACUCUUGGGCCAGUACGACAUGAAUUCACUUUACUUUCCGGAAAGACUGUAUAUAAUCUGAGCACAAGUAAAUAUUUCAUACUUUCAAACGAACGAGCGCAUUUCCUUCAAACUCCCGCGUUUGCUCAGCAUCUUAAAAUAUUUAUUACAUCCGAUCGGAACAAAAUGGGUGUCCAAGAAGUUUCGCUCGUGUUACUGAAUUAGGCUAUUUGAAAGAAAACUUAUAAUCUCAAAAGACAAAGUAUCAAGCGUCUCACUGCCGUUUUAUUGACAUUUUCUUCAUAGCAACAACAAGACCAUUAGACUGCGUAAAGUGAAGCGCAUUCUAUCAUAUCCCAUGUCGC